UCUGUCUUUCUCCUCUUCCACUCUCCUCUCUGAGCUGGAGUACAUGGUGUCUGAACUCAGUUGUUGAGCAUUCUCUGCACUGGACGGCUUUUGUUUAGUUGCACUUUGUUGGAGUGUUUCUGUCAGGACUGUUUUGCUACAUAGAGAAAUUACUUAGAGAGAGAUGCAAGGUAAGCAAAUCCGGCUGAGUGACUGCGAGCGGUGCACAUUGCGGAUCUGGGAAGAGUGAAGUUACAGGAGGGUGAACUGCUGAGGGGAACAGGUGGAGCACUGGCAUCAGCAACUUUUAACAAUUCAACAUAUUUACUUCCAAAAGUGCCCAGACGCUCGAAUGCAUUUAUCACUGGAUACCAUGAGCAUGGUGGACGACAGCUGCCUCUCACCCAGCAACUUCCACGAAAUGGGGAAAGGUGGGGGCAUCGGUGCAGGGGGCCGCGUCCACAGCAUUGAUGUCAUUCUAGGUUUCAGUAAGGACCAGGACCCCCUGCUCAACCCUGCUGGGGCCCCAAGACCCCAUAAAGUGGACAUAGAUGGCCUGGCAGAGCCUGGGAAGCAGCAGGAGCCCUCGUCACACCCAACCUACAGCGGGCACCUUUCCUCCCUGAGAAACGGCAGCUCAGAGCAGCAGCAGUACCACCACGACACCAGUUUAUUCACAAACAAGUGUGAUGAGGAACUGAAUGAGCUGAGGAAGAGUGUAGAGAGUGAUGAAGGCAAGUCUCCGGAGCCAUGCAAGGACGAUCAGCCCAAGAAGAAGCACAGGCGCAACCGCACCACCUUCACCACCUACCAGCUGCAUGAGCUGGAGCGUGCCUUUGAGAAGUCCCACUACCCAGACGUGUACAGCCGCGAGGAGCUCGCCAUGAAGGUGAACCUCCCGGAGGUCCGAGUUCAGGUCUGGUUCCAGAACCGAAGAGCUAAAUGGCGUCGGCAGGAAAAAUUGGAUGCCAGCACCAUGAAGCUCCACGACUCGCCCAUGCUGUCCUUCAACCGCCCAGCACCAGUUCACACCGGCAUGGGUCCGAUGACUAACUCCCUCCCCUUGGACCCCUGGCUGUCCUCUCCCCUGUCCAGUGCUACACCAGUUCACAGCAUCCCGGGCUUCAUGGGUCCAGCUCAAGGCCUCCAGCCCAGCUACCCUAGCCACAGCUUCCUCAACUCCAGUCCUCAUCCUCAUCCUCAUCCUCAUUCUCAUUCUCAUCCUCACUCUCAUCCGUCCAUGGGCCAGGGGAUGCAAAGUAUGGCUCCUCCUCCAUACCAGUGUCCUGCACCGUACCCUGAUAAAUACCCUAUGGAGGACGUGGACCAGCGCAGCUCUAGUAUCGCUGCACUGAGAAUGAAAGCCAAGGAACACAUCCAGUCUAUGGACAAGACCUGGCAACCCAUGUGACUAACAAACCUGGCAGUACAUGUGAAUGACACUGGGAAAUGAAGAAAUUGAAAUUGUUUCUUGGGAUUCAGGGUAAAAGAUACCCAGUAAAAUGUUGGAAAAUGACAGUGACAUGUCUGCUACCCAGCAAAGCAAAGGAAGGAAAUGAAUUUUGAACUGUGAAAACUGAGGAUUUUAGGCCUUUGACCUUUCUUCUUUUUCAUCUCAAGGACAUGGAGCAAACGUGAACUCUACAGUCUUGUUAAAGUGUUAAUUUUAAAGCACUAAUUACCAGACAUCUGUUUUCCCUCCAAUCUCUAAGUGUUUAGCGUUGCCUUGAGUGCUGUAAAAGCAAAUGUCUUCUUAAUGACCAAUGCUCUACACGCAAACUUGCACCCCAGGAGCACGGAGAUUUCUUUCCUUAACAACUACUUUUCAUAACAAACUAUCUUUAAAGGUACUUUUGGAUCAAUGCAUUGGUUCGUCCAUAUUGUUGAACAGCUUAUCUAGUAAAACUGGCAUGGGUCACAAACGUACUUACUUAGAUAUGUUUAUAUGUCCAUUGCGACAGCUGUUCAUGAACAGGGAAACACUGUCAUUGAAAACCACCCAAAUAUGGAAUUAUUUUUGUUCUCAUCUCUUUUCUGUUAUUUCUGUAAACCAUCAGAAAUUGAGUCAGACAAAACAUCAUUCAGCUGUUCAUGUUUCCCUUUUUUUUUUUUUUUUUUUACAAAGUUUGUGCUUUUACUAAUUAAUCCAAUUGUCGCAUUUUCAUGGGUCAGCUAAUCAGAGUCUCAGAUUACUUUGUGAAUGAAAGUCCAGUCUCAGUUUAAUGUGAGAGCAGCUAUGUGAAGACACAUGACAAUGUAUCUGACUGUGACUGCAAAUUAAUAUCUCACUGUUGAUUUAAAAAAAAAAAGAAAAGAAGAUAAUCUUGCAACUACAGCAUGGUUUAUGUUGCUACUUACUGACUGCCCCGUUUAAAUAUUUGAGCCUAUAGCUUAGAUGCACGCCCUGGUAUGACUGGAGGAAGAUGACAGCCGAGGAUCAGUGACGCCUGCUGUCGUGUUCUUUUUUUUAUAUACAGGGAGAGGAGAAUCUCUCAAUAUGGGGUCAAAAACUACAAAAUAGAUAAUUAUUAGGUGGUAAAGUGUACUAGAGGUCAGAGAUCUGAUGGCACCUUCUAAGUGGACCAGGGCUGAGAAUAUACCAAAAAUAAUUCUGCACUAUUACUGAAUGCUGAGAUGCUUUAAAGAAGGAAGCGAGGGAGGAAGGAAGGAAGUAUGAAAGAAAGAAAGAAAGACAGGCUAGUGAGCGGAGUAACCCUCUUUUUGCUUGAGUGGCUGUUGGAGGAGAAAACCUGUUGGCAGCUCAGUGUUGGGUGGCUGCGUGUACGUGCAGGGCAGCAGAAAGAGCCCUGUGUGAUGCGUCACCCCACAUAGUUUAGUCUUUGUUCGGCACAAUUGAUCCAAGUGCAUCCUCUUUGUCCGAAAUUGAAGGGGAGGGGGGGGAAGCGGUCUCAGGCGGCACUAAAUAGGCCCUUGUAACCAUUUUGUCAUGGAAGUUUUUUUUUCCUUUCUCAAUCAAAGGAGGAGAAACAUGUAUUGUAGCUGCUACGGUCAUUAGUGACACAAUAUUGGUCUUUUACCAUCUGUUAUAGCCGAGCUCUUAAAGGUAGAGAAGUACAAUGUGUUUCAUAUGAGCAGUAGAGCUCAACAGAUUUGUAUUUGAUAUUGAGACAUUUUAGCAACAGCAUCUACAGGCAGCAUCUCACAUCACUGAAUAUGUACAGUACAGUCAGAGAAGCUACAUGGUAGGCCCGUAUGUUCACUUUUUUGACUUGUUGGUAUGGAACAAGAGGGAGAGAAACUCCUUCAUCUUAAAGUGCAAUUUCGGACUCCUUUUUAUUUUUUAUAUUUUGUUUUAAAAAAGAGACAGUUUUUGUGUUAACUGUAUGGUUGUGAUAUUUCUCUUUAAUAUGACGUGAAAGUUGUGCUGACGUCCACACCGACUACAGCUACAACAGCAGCAAGAGCAAUAUAAAGUCAUUUCUGGUUCAAUUUAAAAUCCAUUGUUGUACUACUGGUCGGGGAGGGAAAAACACAGUUCUACAUCUGCUGCUUGUCAUUUGUCCUCGUGUAGAGUUUUAAGAUAGCUGGUUAGUGAAGAUUAGAGUCCCUAUUGAACAGUGCCAGGACCUCACAGCGUAGAGCAAAUAAGGAUUACCUUGCACGUUAAGAGCUUCUUUAGAUUUGCAACAUAAAUGUUUGGACCAAGAACAAGCCAAAGGUUAGAUAAUGGGCAAAAAUGCACUAGAAGUUUGACAGUUUUAGUUUUUUGUACAGGAUAUUUUUUUCUUUCUUUUGUUUCUUACAUGUCCUAGUUAUAUCUGUCCUAGUGAUAUCAUUGUUUUCUUUCUUUUUGAUUUUGUCUGGAUGUCUAUAUUCUGGAAAGAAUGAAGAUCUACUGAAAAUAAAUAUAGUUUGAUAGAA